UACGUUCUUGAUACACAUAAUAAAUAGAGAGUAAUGUUUUAAGAGAAUAGUAGAGAUCUAAGGAACACAGAAACUAUUUCGUUGGAACUGUGAAUUUAGUUGUUAAAAAAUUAAAUCAAGAUGAAUACGAGUCGGAUUCUUGUUCUAGUUGUGUUUCUGGUGUUGUUGGCAGUGAUUGCCUUAACAGAAAGGGCCGACGCUGGCGAUGAACAAGAACUUUCCGCUGCUAAAAAUGAAAUCAGCCGAUACAGACGAACUGUGCACAGUAGAAACAGGGGCGGGAAUAGAGAUAGAGACAACAGAACCAAGAAAAACAAAAAGAAGGGAAAUAACUCCAAGAAACAGAGACUGUCACCAGAAGAACGAAUUGGAGUAGCCAACAGUCACGUGGCCCUGAACGUCUUUACUAGCCUCUACCCCAGCAUAAACAGCAACACCAUCUUCUCACCGCACAGUCUGCACACAGCCUUAGCCAUGACCAUGCUAGGGGCUAAGAAAGACACCAAGAAAGAGUUUUACAGCUCUCUAGGUUUAAAAGCAGCUAAAGUUGGCAAGUCUGAAGUCCAUGAUAUUUACAGAAAACUCCUGCAGUCUUUGUCAAGUAGACCAGACAUCAGUCUAAGCAAUGCAAAUAGUGUCUACGUAAAGUCAGGGCUGGAGUUGAAGAAGAAGUUCAGGACAGAUUUGACCACUCACUACCACGCCAAGGUGGACAACUUUAACAUGACUGAUCCUGAAGGUCCUGAACGGUCUAUUAACGCCUGGGUGGCCAACGCAACUCGCGGAAAGAUUUCAGACAUUUUAAAGAAAGGCGACGUAAAAUCCAGCACAGCCAUGAUUAUAAUUAACGCAGUUUACUUAAACGCUUCUUGGGCGAUCCAGUUCAAACCCUUCAACACCAAGCCAAAACCUUUUUAUUCUUUGAACUCAGGAGUGCAGACGAUUCCGACCAUGCACAUUGUGCAAUUUUACAACUAUGCCAACCACCACGAUUCAGAAGUCAUUGAGCUAAACUUUAACGGCUCUCAAUUAGCCAUGUACAUAUUGUUACCAAGUGCCAAAUCCAAUCUGAAUCAACUUUUACAGAAUAUGAAGGCUAGCUCAGCUCUAGCCAACCCUUUCGAUGAGUUACUGACUGGCCUAGAAUCCAGGAACCUAAACCUCUCCUUGCCGACAUUUAAAAUACAAAGUGACGUUAUUGAUUUGGUACCAGCACUAAAAAACUUGGGAUUAAAGAAAGCGUUCGACUCUAACCAGGCAGAUUUCAAGGGCAUAGCGAAGCAGAAACUGUUCCUAGACAAAGUUAUUCAGAAAGCUGUCAUUAGUGUGAAUGAAACUGGCUGCGAGGCGGCUGCUGCUACAGCGAUUAGAAUCAGUCUCAUGAGUUCGAGGCCAACACCAGCUCUGGAGGUCAAAGUUGAUCGACCCUUUUUAUACGUCAUCCGCAGCAAGGCUCAGAAAGUGGUUCUGUUCAUGGGAACGUUUGUUGGUGUUUAGAUUACUGUGUCACAUUUGUUGGUGUUUAGAUCACAGUGUCACAUUUGUUGGUGUUUAGAUCACAUUGUCACAUUUGUAGUGUUAAGUGGUUCUCUUCAUGGGAACAUUUGUUGGUGUUUAGAUCACAGUGUCACAUUUGUAGUGUUAAGUGGUUCUCUUCAUGGAAACAUUUGUUGGUGUUUAGAUCACAUUGUCACAUUUGUCGGUGUUUAGAUCACAUUGUCACAUUUGUCAUGGCUCACUUGGUAGUAACCUAGUUUACUCUUUUAGACGUUGUACUGUACACAAAAUAGUACAAUAUAUUUCUUUACCUGAUCAGUAUGAGAGAGUGAGAGAGAGAGAGCAUUUUAAUUUUCCAAAUAUUAAUCUUAAAUGCUUAUGAUAGAAGCAGAAGAAAGACAAAGCCACUUGACACUUCACAAAAAUCUAAGACUACAAAAAUUAUGUAAGAAGCCUCAGAAUAUUAUUAAAAAUCUUCAUCAACUCA